UUUACGGGCGAUCACAAGGCAAAAACCUAGUCCUUUUUUACCUUUUCUCAGCUGAGUGGCGACUGGAGCCACAAACACAAGCAUUAUCCAAGUAAGCCGCCAUGUCAGGAAAGGACAAGAUCGCCAUUUUCCCAUCUCGAGGAGCCCAAACGGGUAUGAAGGCUCGCCUGAAGGGUGCCGAAACGGGCCACAGACUGUUGAAGAAGAAGGCCGAUGCUAUGCAGCUUCGAUUUCGUUCCAUUCUGAAGAAAAUCAUUGAGACCAAGGAAAUGGUGGGCGAAGUGAUGAAGGAUGCAGCUUUCUCCCUCGCUGAAGUCAAAUUCCAGACAGGUGACAUCAACCAGUACGUGCUCCAGAAUGUUUCCACCGCCCAGGUGAAAGUAUCGUCCAGGAAGGAUAACGUGGCUGGUGUGAAUUUGCCCGUCUUUGAGAGCAUCAUCGAAGGGCCUGAUCGCUACGAAUUGACUGGAAUCGCUCGCGGCGGUCAGCAAUUGUCCAAGAUGAAGAAAUGUUACGUUCAAGCUGUCAAACUACUAGUCGAUUUAGCUUCUAUGCAGACGUCUUUCAUCACAUUGGAUAAAGCCAUCAAAGUCACUAACCGACGUGUCAAUGCCAUUGAGCAUGUUAUUAUACCGAAAAUCGAGCGAACAUUGGACUACAUCAUCUCCGAACUGGACGAACUAGAACGUGAAGAAUUCUAUCGACUUAAAAAAAUUCAAGACAAGAAGAAGAUUGCACGCGCUAAGGCUGAAGCUGCAAAAGCCGCUUACCGUCAAAAGAAUGAACAGGAACCGUCGAAUCUGAUUGCAGAAGAAGACGAUGACAUCAUGUUUUAAUUAUAAAUAACACCACCACCAGCAACGUAAAUGUUUUAAUAUUAAUACAAUUUGACGACCCGGUUUCAAUAACUAAAGAGUAGAGGAAAAUGAUAAUAUACAAAAGAAUUACAACCUGGAAA